AUGUGUGACGGCGCCCUGCUGCCCCCCCUGGCCCUGCCCCUGCUGCUGCUGCUGCUCUGGGGACUGGACCCGGGCACAGGUAGCGCCCCGCUCCCGCCGCCCCUUCGCCCGCGCCUCCCGCGGCCACCCUCCGCCUGCCCUCCACGGCGGCCUCCGCCUGCUUGCGCGGCCGCGCCGCGGCGGCCGGCCGCGGACAGCCGCGGGGUCGAGGGGGCGCGGGCCGCGGCCGGAGGACUCGGCUCCGGGCGGCCGCCGGGGGUCCGGCUCCCCCGAGCGCCGCGUCCCCGGAGGGGCCCGGGCGGCCGCGUCCGGAGUGGCGCGGGGCCCGGGCGGCGGCGCUGGCCGGCGCGGAGGUGCCCGGGCGAGGGACGGGACGAGGGCGCCGUCUCGGGACCGCGCUGGCGCUGGAUGCCCGGCGCUGGCCCCCCUGUCGGCGACGCGGCGGCCGACGUGGAGGUGGUGCUCCCGCGGCGGGUGCGCCUGGAAGACGUGCACCUGCCGCCCCUGCCCGGCGCCCCCGGGCCCCGCAGGCGCCGGCGGCCCCGCGCGCCCCCCGCAGCCCCGCGCGCCCGGCUCGGGGAGCGCGCCCUGCUGCUGCACCUGCCGGCCUUCGGGCGCGACCUGUACCUGCAGAUGCGCCGCGACCUGCGCUUCCUGUCCGGCGGCUUCGAGGUGGAGGAGGCCGGAGCAGGCGGGCGCCGCGGACGGUCAGCCGAGCUGUGCUUCUACUCCGGCAGCGUGCUCGGCCACCCCGGCUCCAUCGUCUCGCUCAGCGCCUGCGGCGCCGCCGGCGGCCUGGUUGGCCUCAUCCAGCUUGGGCAAGAGCAGGUGCUCAUCCAGCCCCUCAACAGUUCGCAGGGACAAGAGCAUCUGGUCAGCCGCAAGUGGUCCUUGACACCCAGCCCCUCUCCCGAGACCCAGAUGCCAGGGCAGCUCUGCAAGGUCCUCACAGAAAAGAAGUCGAGGAGGGGCCGGCCGUCGCGGGACGGGCGGCGGCGGAGGAAUGCCAUCCGGCUGACCAGCGAACACACGGUGGAGACCCUGGUGGUGGCCGACGCCGACAUGGUGCAGUACCACGGGGCCGAGGCCGCCCAGAGGUUUAUCCUUACCGUCAUGAACAUGGUAUACAAUAUGUUUCAGCACCAGAGCCUUGGAAUUAAAGUCAACAUUCAGGUUACCAAGCUUGUCCUGCUACGACAACGUCCUGCCAAGUUAUCCAUUGGGCAUCAUGGUGAGCGGUCCCUGGAGAGCUUCUGUCACUGGCAGAAUGAAGAGUAUGGAGGUGCACGGUACCUCGGCAACAACCAGGUUCCAGGAGGCAAGGACGACACGCCCCCCGUGGAUGCUGCUGUAUUCGUGACCAGGACAGAUUUCUGCGUACACAAAGAUGAACCUUGUGACACCGUUGGAAUUGCUUACUUAGGAGGUGUGUGCAGUGCUAAGAGGAAAUGUGUGCUUGCCGAAGACAAUGGCCUCAAUUUGGCCUUUACCAUCGCUCAUGAGCUGGGCCACAACUUGGGGAUGAACCACGACGAUGACCACUCCUCCUGCGCUGGCAGGUCCCACAUCAUGUCGGGAGAGUGGGUGAAAGGCCGGAGCCCCAGCGACCUCUCCUGGUCCUCCUGCAGUCGAGAUGACCUCGAGAACUUCCUCAAGUCGAAAGUCAGCACCUGUUUGCUGGUCACAGACCCCAGGAGCCAGCAUGCAGUGCGCCUGCCCCACAAGCUGCCAGGCAUGCACUACAGUGCCAACGAGCAGUGCCAGAUCCUCUUUGGCACCAAUGCCACCUUCUGCAGAAACAUGGAGCAUCUGAUGUGCGCUGGACUGUGGUGCCUGGUGGAAGGAGAUACGUCCUGCAAGACCAAACUGGACCCUCCCCUGGAUGGCACAGAGUGUGGGGCAGACAAGUGGUGCCGCGCGGGGGAGUGCGUGAGCAAGACACCCAUCCCGGAGCACGUGGACGGAGACUGGAGCCCCUGGGGCGCCUGGAGCAUGUGCAGCCGAACGUGUGGGACGGGAGCCCGCUUCCGGCAGAGGAAAUGUGACAACCCUCCCCCAGGACCAGGAGGCACGCACUGCCUGGGCGCCAGUGUGGAGCACACAGUCUGCGAGAACCUGCCCUGUCCCAAGGGCCUGCCCAGCUUCCGUGACCAGCAGUGCCAGACGCACGACCGGCUGAGCAGCAAGAAGAAGGGCCUGCUCACCGCAGUGGUGGUUGACGAUAAGCCAUGUGAACUCUACUGCUCACCCCUCGGGAAGGAGUCCCCACUGCUGGUGGCCGAUAGAGUCCUGGACGGCACGCCCUGCGGGCCCUACGAGACGGAUCUCUGCGUGCAUGGCAGGUGCCAGAAAAUCGGCUGUGAUGGCAUCAUCGGGUCUGCGGCCAAAGAAGACCGGUGUGGGGUCUGCAGCGGGGACGGCAAGACCUGCCGCGUGGUCAAGGGCGACUUCAGCCACACUCGGGGCACAGGUUAUAUUGAAGCUGCCAUCAUUCCAGCUGGAGCUCGAAGGAUUCGUGUGGUGGAGGAUAAACCUGCCCACAGUUUUCUGGCUCUCAAGGACUCCAGUAAGAGAUCCAUCAACAGUGACUGGAAGAUAGAGCUCCCCGGAGAGUUCCAGAUUGCAGGCACAACCGUCCGCUACGUUCGAAGGGGCCUGUGGGAGAAAAUUUCUGCCAAGGGACCAACCAAAAUGCCACUGCAUCUGAUGGUGUUGUUAUUUCAUGACCAAAAUUACGGAAUUCAUUAUGAAUACACCAUUCCUGUAAACUACACCACUGAAAACCAAAGCGAACCAGAAAAACCCCAGGACUCCUUGUUCAUCUGGACCCACAGCGGCUGGGAAGGGUGCAGUGUGCAGUGUGGUGGAGGGGAACGCAGAAGCAUCGUGUCCUGCACACGGAUUGUUAACAAGACCACAACUCUAGUGAACGACAGUGACUGCCCUCAAGCCAGCCGCCCGGAGCCCCAGGUUCGAAGGUGCAACUUGCACCCAUGCCAGUCACGGUGGGUGGCAGGCCCGUGGAGCCCCUGCUCGGCAACCUGCGAGAAGGGCAUCCAGCACCGGGAAGUGACCUGUGUGUACCAGCUGCAGAAUGGCACACACGUUGCCACCCGGCCCCUCUACUGCCCGGUGCCCCGGCCGUCGCCCGUGCAGAGCUGCGAGGGCCAGGACUGCCUGUCCAUCUGGGAGGCGUCGGAGUGGUCACAGUGUUCUGCCACUUGUGGUAAAGGGACCCAGAAACGGACGGUGACGUGCACCAACUCCCAAGGGAAAUGCGAUGCGUCCACCAGGCCGAGAGCCGAGGAGCCCUGUGAGGACUACUCUGGCUGCUACGAGUGGAAAACUGGGAGCUGGUCCAAGUGCUCAUCGACCUGUGGGAAGGGCCUGCAGUCCCGCGUGGUGCAGUGCAUGCACAAGGUCACCGGGCGCCAUGGCAACGAGUGCCCUGCCCUCGCCAAGCCAGCCGCCUACAAACAGUGCCACCAGGAAGUCUGCAAUGACAAGAUCAACGUGAACACCAUCACCUCCCCUCGCCUCGCGGCUCUGACCUACAAGUGCACACGGGACCAAUGGACAGUGUACUGCAGGGUCAUCAGAGAGAAGAACCUCUGCCAGGACAUGCGGUGGUACCAGCGCUGCUGCCAGACGUGCAGGGACUUCUAUGCAAACAAGAUGCGCCAGCCGCCCCCGCCGCCGAGCUCCUGACAGGCGGCCCGGUGGUCCCGCGAUGCUCCGACGCGAGGUCUGAGUCCCGACGACACGGCUAGAUGAAAGCCCACCCGCCUGAGAGCCCGCCAGGCCUGCGGCCGGGACCCACCGAGGCACACCGCGGCUCACCCCGGAGACUGUCCCGAGAAUCCGACUGCAUAGAACUUGAGAGUGGACUUGACGUUUGCUUAAUGCUUUUAUACUUAAUAUAUUGUUAACAGCCACUGGAUGGCUUUCUACGAUAAGGAAAAAAGAUAGGCAUGAGUCACAAAAUAAUUGUAAUUUCUAAGUUCCACGUACCUCAAAGGGAACACCUCUGACAGACGGUCGUCAAGAGAGACGUCACGGGCGCCCCUGUCUUGACUUUUCCUCUGACGUUUGAAUUCCCAGUGCUCCAUGUACCGCGGGGUGGGGGU